AUGGAUUCUUUCCAGAAUUCCCAGUUCUCUUCUAUCCGUAGACCACUGUGCUACUCCUCAACAUCUUCUAACUCAUCCACUCAGACUUACCAUUGUCCAGCAGAAGACAACAUGCCAACAACUCCUUUUCAGAGCCCUCAUUUUCAACAAGAAUACCGUCCAGAGCAGGCUGGCCAGAACUCAACAUCAGCAUUUUCAAUGUGUCCUUACUGGUUAAGUCAGAAUGGGACUGAAAUUCAAACAUGGCUUUUACAACAAAAUGGGUUGUCGAUAGAUCAAGGAAAGAAAGUUCUUGAUGCAUACAAGACCAAGAUUGCAAGGAAUAAGCGGAAAUUGGCACGCCAAAGGAGCCUUAGCAGAAACUCUUCUUCUAGUGCUAAUUCAAUUCAAGUGGAUACAAGGAGAUUGGCAUUCAAUAUGCAAGACAGCCAAAGCACCAGUAAGAGAGAUCUCUAUAAAUUCUGCACCCCAGAUAACAAGAAACUAAGAGUGUUGCUGAGGAAGGACUUAAAGACCAGUGAUGUUGGUUCUCUUGGGAGGAUUGUCCUUCCAAAGAGAGAGGCAGAGGAAAAUCUUCCUAUCCUCUCUGAUAAAGAAGGUAUCCUAGUUGCAAUCAGAGAUGUAUGCUCUACAAAAGAGUGGAGCUUGAAGUACAAAUAUUGGUCUAACAACAAAAGUAGAAUGUAUGUUCUCGAAAACACAGGAGAUUUUGUGAAGCAAAAUGGGAUGAGGAUUGGAGAUUCCCUUACACUUUACGAGGAUGAGAGCAAGAAACUCUAUUUUUCCAUCAAGAAGGUUGAAGAACUAGAAGCUGAGCCAUCGUGCAAACAACACGCUACAAACCAAAACUACAUAUACAUACCACAUACAUACCAGGCUAGAGAUGAAGAAGAAGCAUCAUUAGCACUACUUAUAGAACAACUUAAACAUAAAGAACAGCAAGAAGAAGUUAACAGCCUUGUGACUUUGUCUAUGGAUAUUGCUCCUUAUAGACACAAAGAGGAAGAGAAGAAUUAUGGUCCAUUCAACAAUCUCACCAGCAUAAGCAUCUAUCCCCAAUCGACAGCUGCAGCCAUGGCCAUACAACCCUCGUCUUCAGCACACAGUACAAUGAGAGUUGUAGAUGAUCACUACAUUGAUGACUUCUAUACUGCCCUUGAUGUUCUUCCUGAUGUCAAUAGGUAUAAUUUUUCUCUUUGA